GGAGGCAUCUGCAGAGCCCUCACUCGCUGGCUCACCCACCCACUGAGAUGGAGUGGGCUCCAAAACUGCUUCUUUUCUGCGCAUUGUGCAUUUCCUUUGCAUUAGAUGCCACCACAGAAACUAAAGAACAAAGCAAAACUGCAAAAGGUAAAAAGAAAGGUUCAACAAAGGUAAAGAUUCAACGCCUGAGGGCUCAGGAAUCCUCACCAGACCCAGUGCUGAGGGUGAAUCCAGGGGCCUCAACAGACUACACGCUAGUGGAGGAUUACGAGCAGAGCAUCCAUGAGAUGGUUAACCAGCUGAAAAAUAUCUCGGAGCCCCUGGACAGCAAGUGUCAGGUCAACUUGAGACUCUGGAUGUCAAACAAGAGGAGUUUGUCUCCUUGGGCCUACAGGAUUAACCAUGAUGCAGCGCGAAUCCCAGUCGACAUUCCAGAGGCACUCUGCCUAUGUGCAGGAUGCAUCAAUCCCUUCACCAUGCAGGAAGACCGUACCCUGGUCAGUAUUCCCAUCUACAGCAAAAUCCCAGUGCGCCGUCUGCUAUGUGAGCGAAGCAAAACUCACAGGAAGAAGAAAAAGUGUCAUAAAGAGUACAAAAUGGUCAUGGAGACCAUUGCUGUAGGUUGCACUUGCAUUUUUUGAGGACCUACAAUGGGCAGAUCUUCUGCCAUCCUUGCAGCAGGGCCUUCUGCUCCCAUCUGCCUGGUCUCCUUCUCUUGCCAGCUGGUGAGCUAUGCUCUCUUCCUUGCUCCUUUUACUGUCACAAUGAGGCAAGGUGGAAGUGCAUGCACAUGUGCUUUUUCAGAAACCAAAACUGCUUCGGACAGGACCCUUUUCUCCCAUCACCCUCUGAUAGCCUGGCACUGCCUCACACACACUGCAAGCAAUCACUUAGGAACUUAUACAGAGGUUUCACUACCCCAGUCAUUAUGCUUCUGAGUCCAUAAGACAGGCCUCUGUAAUUGUGUUUUUUACAAUAGCUCAUGAUAUUUUCAGAGGGUAGAUGGUGUAGGUCUGCAGUAGAGGAGCUAGAUUCACAUUCAGUAGUAUCUUAAAGAUCAACAUUUCAAGGAUACGCUUUAGACAGCCAAAGCCCUGAAAGUCAAAGCUCAGAUUGUACUUGAUGAAAGGAGCUUUGACUCAAAAGCUUAUACCCUGGAACUGUUGUUGGUGUCUGACAUGCUACUGGACUUGAAUUUAGCUCAUGAAAUGAAUCCAGUCACACAUUUUCCACUGCCAGCUGUUCUAUCUGGCAUACCUGCAUGCUCAGGUGUAUAGCAGAGAAGAACUGUCUUGGGCACAUGGUUGAUGGAGAAGCUGGAAGGCCUGCAUCAUAAAUGCAGAGGGCUCAGUUGUGUAAUUCUGCCUAACAGGUGGUUUUGCUUUUCUGAAGAUCAUCGUUGUGGGUGCUGACCACUCCGCUUACAAGUGGCUUUUGCAUUUGGAUUCUGGAGACCUUAAUAAACUGUAACACAACUUAGACCAGAAUAACAUCAAGAUUCCAAGAGGUCAUUUAUGACUCUGAUGGAAACAGAAAAAAUAAAACCCUUCUGUAAGAACCGCUGUCUAUCUGCAUUGACUCCUGAAGGUCAAAAAAUAGUAGGCCAUUCAGUUUCUUGAUCAUCCCCAACCCCCUGCCUUUCCUGCCAGUGUGGGAAAAGAGGCUGUGCUUGCUCACAGGGCAAAUUGCUCUGGCAUAGCUCAGGGCAUAGCUCAGGGCAUUGCUCAGGGCAUAGCUCAGGGCAAAUUGAGAAAUGGGCAUAGCUCAGAGCAAAUCAUUUGCAGAAGGUCCAAGAUUCAAUGCCUAGCUUGCCCCACUAAAGGAUCUCGAGAGAACUGAGACAGAUCUUUCCCCCAGACUUCGGAGAGUCACUUGCAAUCUAAGCAGGCAAUGGACCAUUAACCUGAUUCAAUAUAAGGCAGUUUUACAAGAACACAAAGGCUUUGUUAAGAUGAAGGAAGUAUUGGUUCCAGCUUGUGGAAGUCAAUAUCAAAGUAUCUAUUAAACAAACCAGGAAAGAAUGAUAUAAUAAAGUAAAUAUAUUUUCAAAGGACUGACUUUUGUCGGAACUUCAGAACACCACUGAAAAUAAAUUAGUAGCCUCGAGUGCACUUCAGUUUCUUCGCCCAUCCUAGAAUAGCAAUAAGUACUUUAAGUACACAGUUAAGGAACUUUAUUGAAGGUUGAGAGUCACAUGGCCAGCCUUUCCUGUCCUGCCUCUACAAUGGAAACAGGAGGAAUUCAGUGGCCAAUUAUUGUACUCAGGAAACAGUCUUGCUGUGUAACAAUAAAGUGAAUUCCUCACCUUA